AUGGCUGUGCUGGAACUGUACACCAAGUACAACAGAGUGUGGCUAUCAGAUGAAGAACAUGUGUGGAAAUCGGCAGAGAUUGUAAAAGAUUUCCAUUCAGGAGAUAAAGUUCUUGAAUUGCUUCUGGAGGAUGGCUCUGAGUACUGCUACACUGUUGACCCGUCUAAACCACAACUCCCUCCUCUCCGAAACCCAGACAUCUUGGUGGGGGAGAAUGACCUGACAGCUCUGAGUUACUUGCAUGAACCUGCAGUCCUGCACAAUCUCAAAGUGCGAUUUGUGGAGUCCAGAAUCAUCUAUACCUACUGUGGUAUUAUAUUGGUGGCUCUAAAUCCCUAUAAGCAGCUUCCUAUCUAUGGAGAUGCAAUCAUUCAUGCCUACUCAGGACAGAACAUGGGAGACAUGGACCCUCAUAUAUUUGCAGUGGCAGAGGAGGCUUACAAACAGAUGGCAAGAAACCACAAGAACCAGUCUAUCAUAGUCAGCGGUGAAUCUGGAGCUGGUAAAACGGUGUCUGCUCGAUACGCUAUGAGAUACUUUGCUGUUGUGAGCAAAUCUGGAAGUAAGACACGAGUUGAAGACAAAGUCCUGGCAUCCAAUCCGAUAACAGAGGCAAUAGGAAAUGCAAAGACCACUAGGAACGACAACAGCAGCCGUUUUGGGAAAUACACAGAGAUCAGCUUUGACAGGAAGUACCGGAUCAUCGGAGCAAACAUGAGGACCUACCUGUUAGAGAAAUCCAGAGUGGUCUUUCAGGCAGAAAAUGAGCGUAAUUACCACAUAUUCUACCAGAUUUGUUCCUGUGCAGACUCACCAGCGUUUAAGAACCUGAGACUACUGAGUGCGGACAAGUUCAACUACACCUGCAUGGGUGGUGACAUAACCAUUGAAGGUGUGAACGACAAGAAGGACUUGGAAGAGACUCGACAGACCUUCUCACUUCUGGGAUUGAAGGAGGACUUUCAGUCAGAUGUGUUUAAAGUUCUGGCAGCCAUUCUGCAUUUGGGAAAUGUAGAGAUCAAAAACGUAGGCGAUGACAAAUCAUCAGUUCCCCCCAGUGAUCCACACCUGGCUGUCUUCUGCGAGCUGCUGGGGGUGAGCGCAGAGGGGGUCGUACGCUGGCUGUGCCAUCGGAGGAUCGUUCUGGUAGCCGAAACGGUUGUGAAGCCGGUCCCCAAAGAUCGGGCAGUAAAUGCCAGAGACGCUCUAGCUAAGCAUAUCUAUGCCCAUCUGUUUGACUGCAUUAUAAACAGGAUAAACACAGCACUACAGGUGCCAGGAAAGCAACAUGCUUUCAUUGGUGUUCUGGACAUUUAUGGUUUUGAAACAUUUGACAUCAACAGCUUUGAACAGUUUUGCAUCAACUACGCAAACGAAAAGCUUCAACAGCAGUUUAACCUGCAUGUAUUCAAGCUGGAGCAAGAGGAGUACAUGAAAGAGGACAUCCCGUGGACGCUGAUAGAUUUCUAUGACAAUCAACCUGUCAUCGAUCUGAUUGAAGCAAAGAUGGGGAUCCUUGACUUGCUCGAUGAAGAAUGUUUAUUCCCGCAAGGCACCGAUCAGAGCUGGUUGCAAAAGCUUUAUAACUACCUACAAGCCAGCCCUAUGUUUGAGAAGCCCAGGUUAUCAAAUGAGGCCUUUGUGAUUCAGCACUUUGCAGACAAGGUGGAAUAUCAGUGCAGAGGUUUUCUCGAGAAGAACAGAGAUGCUCUCUAUGAAGAACUCGUGGACAUGAUGAAGUCUAGUAAGUUACCUUUUCUGGCCAACUUUUUCCAAGAGGAGGAGCAGAAUGCUGCGAUCAGUAAGGGUGUCAAAGUGAAGCCCGCCAGGCCUUCGGUGAAACCAGCCAAUAAACACCUGAGAACCUCAGUAGGAGAUAAGUUUCGCAGCUCCCUCUCCUUACUCAUGGAAACACUGAAUGCGACCACGCCUCACUACGUGCGCUGCAUUAAGCCUAACGAUGAAAAGCUCCCAUUUGAGUAUGACUCCAGAAGGGUAGUGCAGCAGCUGCGAGCCUGCGGAGUCCUUGAAACUAUUCGUAUCAGUGCACAGAGCUACCCAUCCAGGUGGACAUACAUUGAGUUUUACAGCAGAUACAGUAUCCUAAUGUCACACGUGGAGGCAGACCUCAAUGACAAGAAGCAGACUUGCAAGAAUGUGCUGCAGAGGUUGAUUCACGACUCUAACCAGUAUAAGUUUGGCCGGACGAAGAUCUUCUUCAGAGCUGGCCAGGUAGCUUACCUCGAGAAGCUGCGUCUUGACCGACUUCGAGGAGCCUGUGUGACCAUCCAGAAACAUGCUCGUGGAUGGAGCCAGAGGAGGAAGUACCUGGCCAUAAGAAAGGCCACCAUCAUUCUCCAGCAGUAUGUCCGUGGAAAGAGGACAAUCCGUAAAACAGUGACUGCUGCGACACUGAAGCAGGGCUGGGCAGCAUUGGUGAUACAGAGACACUGGAGAGGCUACCGCCUGAGGCAGGUCUACCAGGUAGUGCGUCUGGCAACCAUCACCAUCCAGGCCUUCACACGAGGUUGGAUAGCUCGUAAACGAUACAAGAAGAUGAUAGAAGAGCACAAAGCGCUGGUUAUCCAGAAGUAUGCCAGAGCGUGGCUGGCACGACGGCGAUUUCAGACCAUGCGUCGGCUCGUGCUUAAUGUCCAGCUCUCCUACCGGGUGCAGCAGCUCAGAAAGAAGAUUGAAGAGCAGACCAAAGAGAAUCGUGGAUUAAUGGAAAGGUUGACAAGCUUGGCAAACUCACACUCCCAAACUAUGGAAAAGCUUCAGGGUCUGGAGACACAGCUGGAAAAAUCAACCAACCAGAAGGCUUCUUUAGAGAAACGAGAGAAGAAAGCUAAAGAAGAUGCCAGUUUGACAAUUGCACAACUUCAAAAGGAAGUAGAAGUUCUCAACCUUGAGAAGGAGAAGUUGGAGAAAACAUUUGAAGCUUCUACCAAAGACGCCAAAGAGACCUUUGAUCAAGUAAAGAGGAACCUUCUGGAAGAAAAAGAAAACGAAGCAAGGCUUAGAAAGAUCGCGGAAAACAACAUUGAAAUUCAGAGACAGGACCACGAGGCCGAGGUGGCAACUCUGAAAGAGGAGAUAAAAAGGCUGAAAGAAGAACGAGUCAUCCUGCAGAGAAAGUUAGAAGAGGGGGCGCAGGCGAACUCAGACCUGCAGGAGCAGGUCAUCCAGCUCACCAAGCAUGUCAAACUCAUUCCCGAGCUACGCAGAGAUCUGAACAACCUGCAAAAUCAGAGAAAUAACAUGGAGAGAAAGAUGAAGCAGCAGUCGGAACAAGCAAGAGGUAAAGUGAGUGAGAUCGCAAGGCAGCUUCUUGGAGGUGUUGUUGAAGAGGAAGUUCUUCUGGGAAUGACUUCUGACGAAUCAGAGAAGAUUUAUGAAGUUGAAGAUUUGCUGUCAGCCUUUGAAGGCCUACAAAAAGCCAUCAGGAUUCUAGAAAACCACCAGAGGGAGCAGAAGGAAAGCUAUGAGACUCAAGUAGAGGGCUUGAAAUUGAAAGUGGACCACCUUGAAAAUGAGAACAGCAAGCUGCAAAACCUGUUCCAGGAGAAAAGCAAUGUCAAUGAAAAUAUUUGCCAAGAAGUGUCCAGACUCAGCAGUGAAAACUCAGUGAUACCGGAGCUGAAGCUGCGGGUUUCAGAGCUGCAGAGACAGAAACAAGAGCUUGAAGGCCUUGUCGAGGAGCAGAAAAGAGAAUUAACAGAAAAAAACAAAGAGAUCACUCACAAUCUUCAAAAGAAGAUUACAGAAGAGAGCUCACAACGGAGGUACUUUGAGGAGAAAGCUGAAGAGCUGGAGGGGGAGAAGAGAGAGCUUCAAGGCAGAGUAGAGGAGCUGGAAGAGGAGAAUGAUCACUUGAAGAGACAGCAGCUGAUGGAGAAUGAGGUCAAAAGCAAACUCAGAGAGGAGACUUCACGGUUAACUGCUGAGAACAUGGACUUUGACGAGCUGCUCGACCAGAAAGACAGAUUAAUAAAGAAACUUCAGACUCAAGUUAAGAGCCUCGAAACAUCACAGAGAGCGAGGCAAAAAACUGCAUCCACCCUUCCCAAAGAUUACCUUGGCAUGUUGGAGUACAAGAGAGAGGAUGAACCAAGGCUCAUUGAAAACAUCAUUCUGGAUCUGAAACUCAAAGGCGUGGCGGUCAACAUGAUCCCGACCCUGCCAGCUUACAUCCUCUUCAUGUGCAUCCGCCACGCGGACUACCUGAACGAUGACGCAAAACUCAAGUCUCUUAUGAAUGCAAUCAUUGGUGGAGUCAAGAAAGUCAUUAUGAGUCAUCAAAAAGAUUUAGAGUUCCUGUCCUUCUGGCUCUCAAACACCCACCAGCUCCUCAACUGUCUGAAGCAGUACAGCGGGGAGGAAGAGUUCCUGAAGCAAAGUACACCUCGCCAGAAAAAAAACUGCUUGCAGAAUUUCGAUUUGUCGGAACACAGACAGAUUCUCAGUGAUCUGGCCAUCCAAAUCUAUCAUCGAUUUAUCUCAGUCAUGCAAAAGACUCUUACUCCCACUAUUGUACCCGGCAUGCUGGAGCACGAGAGUCUACAGGGGAUUUCUAGCAUGAAGCCGACGGGCUUCAGGAAGCGUUCCAACAGCUUCUAUGAGGAAUCAGAGACCUACACCAUCUCCUCCAUCCUCCAGCAUCUAACUGUCUUCCACUCCACCAUGAACCACCAUGGUCUGGACCAGGGCCUCAUCAAACAAGUGAUCAAACAGCUGUUCUACCUCGUGGCUGCGAUCACUCUUAACAACAUUAUGCUCCGCAAGGACAUGUGCUCCUGCAGGAAGGGGAUGCAGAUCAGAUGCAACAUCAGUUAUCUAGAAGAGUGGCUGAAAGAGAAGGAACUUCAAAACGUGAAUGCUAUGGAUACUUUGAAGCCACUGGCUCAAACUGCGUGGUUACUGCAAGUCAACAAAUCCACUGAUGAUGACGCCAAGGAGAUCAUUGAAAAAUGCUCUGAACUCAGCCCCGUUCAGAUUGUCAAAAUUUUGAACUCGUACACGCCCAUUGACGAUUUUGAAAAAAGAGUGACAUCAUCGUUUGUCCGCAAAGUUCAGUCUUUGCUCCAAGACCACGAAGGCUCCGCACAGCUGAUGCUGGACGCAGAUUAUCGUUUCCAGGUCACGUUUCCUUUCUGCACGUCCACACAGGCUCUGGAGCUGCUGCAGGUCCCGAACAGCCUUCAUCUCGACUUCCUCAACAGGAUCUGA